GAUUCUCACUGCUCAGCUUCCAAGGGACGCCACUCGCGUAUCUGUGCGAGUCGUGUAACAGGAAAUACAGGGAGAAAAAAUUACGAAGCUGUUUAGAUUUGAGGACUUUGAACAUUAGAUCUACUGUACUGAAAAUAAUCAGAAUUCGUGUGUCCUAAAUUUUCGAUCAAAGGUGAGACUAAAAGGGCUUCUGCGAGAGGGACUCAAGUUUUUAUUUUAAAGGAUCAAAGUUGAAAGGAAGAUCUGAUUCAGGUACACCUUGUUCCUUUCAAGUAACAUUAUAAGAAUGGCCCGUCAGCUUACAACCUCAGUCUCUGAUGCCUUCCUCACCUGGUCUGUGCUGUACUUUAUCUACAAUGUGUUCUGGAUAAACUUUUUUGCCUGUGUUGGUUUGGGUAUCCAAGGUGUGGCCGCUGCUCUGGGUGUCGCCCGCUUUGCUCAAGCCCGGCAAGAAGGUCAAAUCUACGACUACCAUAUGAUGGCCGCUUGGUUGGCAAGGGUACUUGGUGUCCCACUCCUUGCUGUAGGCUUCUGUCACAAGGAGUUGCCAAUUAUGAUGAACCUCAACAUCAUGUUUAUGAUGGGUGUUCUUCUGGGCAAUCGCCUCCUGGCUCCCGGCAUGCGCAAACUGAUAGUGGAGGCAUGCAGUGGAUUUGGCAUGCUCACCAUCAUCAUUGUGUCACUACGCACAUGGAAUAUCUACGGUGUUUUGGCUGCUGCGGUCUACAUUGUUUCCGGGCUGAUGAUUGGCUCAGAGGGAAAGCUAGGCAUGGUUUACCGAGUUGAUCUGUUGCAUGUUGGGCUGUUGGUGGGCAACAUUUUGUUCACCUGGGCUGUUUUGAAUUUGUAGGAACAUCUGAGAAAAUUGUUAG